AUGGCGCCGAAGAAGACCACGAGGAGCAAGACGAGGUUCUUCGACGUGAUGGCGAAGCCCUCCGGGAAGUUCGGAGUCAAGUUCUCUGAUGCCGGCCGCCGCUUUUGGCUCGGCAUGUACCCUACCGUCCACGAGGCCACACGUGCCUAUGACGUGGCGAUUCCGGCGAAGAAGAAGCCGGCGGUUGUCGUUGGUCCCAGUGAGAGCGACGAGGCGACGAUGGCGAGGUUUGCGCGGGAGCAUCCGGAGUACGUCCAGGCUGAGCAGGAGUACUUCUGGAAGCGUGACGCCGAGGAGAAGAAGAAGAAGGAGGUAAAGAUGGAGGACGAGGCUGGCCCCUCGACGGUGAUCCCCAUCAAGUCGUCGGAGGAGGACUGGGUCGGGAUGAGUCGGAGGAGGAGGACGAGGGGUGCGACUACCCAGACACGGACGAGUCCAGGGCACAGUUCCGCAGCUCCGACGAUGAUGAGUAGUUUCAUCUAG